AUGGAUAAAGAUUAUAAAAACGCUUGUUGGCGACAUCAUGGCGAGCAAAACAUUGGAGAGCAAAAUGUGGGAAUUGGAGAAGAAGAAACAGGAGAUGAGGUGAUUGGCAUGCAUGAUUUUCUUAAUGAUGUAUUUGUCCAACCAUUAACAGAAGAAGGUGUUGGGCCAUCUACUGAACCCCCUAUUGGGGAAGGGCGUCCAGAAGAGGUGCAGACUUUUUUUAAGUUGCUUGAAGAGGCAGAUCAAGAUUUGUGGCCAGGUUGUAAGGAGUUUAAGAAAUUGGAAGCAGUUGUAAGAUUGUAUCAGAUCAAGUGUUUAGCGGGAAUGCCUGACGAGAUCUUCACCACUUUACUGGAGUUAAUUAAAAGAAUGUUGCCUGAAGGGGAUUGUUUGCCUGAAUCCUGUUAUAAAGCAAAAAAACUUAUAAAUGACUUGGGGCUGUCGUAUGUGAAAAUUGAUGCAUGUCCCAAUGAUUGCAUGAUCUAUUGGAAAGAUACUUCAGAUUUGACCGUGUGCUCAGUUUGUGGUAAAUCAAGAUAUAAAAUUACCGAUGCAGAGGAUAGCUCGAGGAAAAAGGUCGCAGCUAAGGUUAUGUGGUAUUUUCCUUUAAAACCACGAUUGCAACGCUUUUUUAUGUCGAAGCAUAUGGCUGAACAUAUGAGAUGGCAUGCAACUGAAUGUCCUAAGGAUGAGUUUAUGAGACAUCCUUCAGAUUCUCCCGCAUGGAAGCAUUUGGAUAAUUUAUAUCCGGAUUUUGCGUCAGAAAUUCGAAAUGUCCGAUUAGGGUUAGCCAGUGAUGGAUUUAAUCCUUUUGGGAAAAUGAGGAAUGAUCAUAGCACAUGGCCUGUGGUGCUUUCUGUUUAUAAUUUGCCACCUUGGAUGUGCAUGAAGCAACCAAAUUUGUUAUUGUCUUUGUUAAUACCAGGACCGCGCAGUCCUGGUAAAGAGAUUGAUGUAUACAUGCGUCCAUUGAUUGACGAGCUGAAUGAGUUGUGGGAGGUGGGCAUUCCCACUUAUGAUGCGUUUUCCAACCAAAGUUUUACGAUGAAGGCUGCCGUGUUAUGGACCAUAAGUGAUUUUCCGGCUUAUGGAAUGUUGUCAGGAUGGAGUACACAUGGUUAUAAAGCUUGUCCACAUUGCAUGCAUGAUAAAGAAUCUACUUACUUGCCAGCGAGUCGCAAGAUUUGUUAUAUGGGGCAUCGACGAUUUCUUGAAGAUAAUCAUAGGUUUCGAAGGCAAACCAUCACUUUUAAUGGUCGUCGAGAGCAUCGUACUGCACCAAGGCAGUGGACUGGUUUACAAUGUCUCGAAGAACUUUCUACAUUGAGAUUUACUUUUGGAAAACCAAACAAGGAUGCUUCAGUUGGGCAACGCAGAAGAAGAGCUUCGAGCAGUACAAGUAGUAACAGUCAGUGGAAGAAGAAAUCGAUUUUUUAUGAACUACCUUAUUGGAGGCAUCUCUUGAUUAGACACAAUCUUGAUGUUAUGCAUAUCGAGAAGAAUAUAUGUGACAGUGUGGUGGGAACAUUGCUAGAUAUAGAAAAGUCUAAAGAUGGAUUGGCGGCACGUGCAGAUCUUGAAUUCUUGAACAUAAGACAUAGUCAACACCCACGUAGAGAAGGAAAUAGAACAUUUCGACCUCCAGCAUUGUUCACAUUGAAAAGAGAAGAAAAAACUGCGUUUUGUAAAGUAUUGUCUACUAUUCGGGUCCCAGAUGGAUAUUCAUCAAAUCUGUCACGAUGUGUGCACGUGAAUGAACGAAAAAUACAUGGGUUGAAAAGUCAUGAUUGCCAUGUUUUAAUGCAGCAGUUACUCCCGCUUGCAAUACGCCCGGUUUUGCCUAAAGCUGUUACUAUGGUUUUAUUAGAGUUGAGUGCAAUUUUCAGACAGUUAUGUAGUAAGAAGGAGUCUGAGGAAGGAUUUAAGCAACUGAAUUCAAGAAUUGCCUUGACAUUAUGUCAACUUGAGAAAAUAUUCCCUCCUGCAUUUUUUGAUAUAAUGGUGCACCUCCCAGUUCACUUGGCAGAUGAAGCAGCGCUUGCAGGCCCUGUUCAAUAUAGAUGGAUGUAUCCAAUUGAACGGUAUUUGCAAACACUGAAGCGCUAUGUUCGUAAUAAGGGUCGUCCUGAAGGUUCUAUUGCUGAAGCAUAUUUGGUGGAUGAGUGCUUGUCAUUUUGUUCCAUGUAUCUUAGAGACGUUGAGUCUCGUCGUACCCGUAGAGGCCGAAAUGAAGAUGGGAUUGGACGUGGAGUAUCUGGUGGGUUAUCAAUUUUUGACUCGAAAGGAUGUUAUAUGGGUUCAGGAGAAAAUGUGGAGCUCAAUCUAAAUGUUCUUGAUCAGUGCCAUAGAUACAUUCUAAAUAAUUGUGAUGAAGUUAGCCCAUUUAGAAGGCAACAUGAAGAAUUCUUGAAAACUAAAUAUCGUCGAGAAAGGUUAACUAUGCGACAAAUUAAAGAGCUAAGCAAGAAAGAAUUUCCAGAAUGGUUCAAGCAACAUAUGAAUUCAAGAUAUGAUGCUAAUGACACAUUGAUAUCUCAAGACUUGCAUUGGCUAGCUAAUUAUCCUAGUAGGGUUGUGAGCAGAUACAAAAGUCACAUUGUUCAUGGAUUUAGAUUUCGUAUAAAAUCUGUGGAUGAUAAGCAUAAGAAUCAAAACUGUGGUGUCUUUGUACCUGCAAAUGUUCCUGGAGCAAUUGGGCAAGUAAAUUGUUAUGGCAGAGUUGUAGAUAUGUUUGAGGUCAAAUAUUGUGGUCCUACUGAAGCAGGAGAUAGGGGUCGAGCUGUGAUGUUAUUUAAGUGCGAAUGGGUUAAUAGUGAAAGUCCACGAGGAAUGAAGACUGAUCAAUAUGGAUUUACUAUGGUGAAUUUCAAUCAAUUGGGAUUUAAAGAGGAUCCUUUCAUACUAGCAUCACAAGCAUUACAGGCAUUUUACGUGGAGGACACGAUUGAAAAAGAUUGGCACGUAGUUGUUCGAACUCAGCCAAGAGAUUUAUUUGACGUAUUAGAGGAUAGUGAUGCUAUUGAUGAUUAUGACACGCCGAACUUGGAUGAUCGAAUUCUUGAUAAUGAAAAUUUUCAUACAAGGGUUGGCGUGGAAGAGACUCCCUUUCUUGAAUCAUUAGCGUUGCCUACCGGGUUCGUUAAUCAUGCCAAUACCGACGAAGAGCUAACAGAUGAUGACAGGGAAUAA